UUACGGCAUCACGUAUGACCGAGACGGAGCGCACCCCGACCCUGACAAGGUCACGAACAUCAAAGCGAUGGCAACACCCUCCAACCAGAAGGAACUUCAAGAGUUCCUGGGCGUCAUCACACACAUGUCGCCGUGCAUGCCAAAGCUGUCAGAUGCAACAGAACCACUCCGAGGACUUCUGAAGAAAUGAGCCGAGUUCUGCUGGACAGCAGCCCACGAAGUAGCCUUCCAAAAGGUGAAAAAACGAAUCUGCGAGGAGACGACCCUGGAAUACUUCGAUCCAAGGGAGCCGACACGAGUGGAAGUCGACGCCUUGCAGAAAGGCCUGGGAGCUGCCCUUGUGCAAGACGGGAAGCCCAUCGCGUUCGCCUCAUAGUCGCUGUCAGAAGCCGAGCAGCGCUACACGAACAUCGAAAGAGAGCUCCUGGCGGUCGUGUGUGAGUGCGAACGCUUCCACACGUACCUCUUCGGUCGCGACUUCAUCGUCGAGAGCAACCACAAGCCACUAGAGAUGAUCUAACUGAAGAACCUCCGAGCAGCACCACCAAGACUCCAGAGGAUGUUGAUGCGUCUGCAAAACUACGACGUGCAGAUCACCUACAAACCUGGCAAGCAGAUGCUGCUCGCAGAUGGACUGUCGCGCCUCCCGCCGGCAGAAAACAGCCACAUUGAGCUCGACCUGCAGAUCCAUCUCGUGCACUUCGGUGCCGGAAAGCUCCAAAAGCUGAGGGAAGAAACGUCGCGCGACAAAACGCUGACGGUGCCCCGUGACGUCAUCGUUGCAGGCUGGCCUGGAUCUCAAAAAAGCCUGCCUCCGUCCCUCCGACCGUACUGGUCGUACCGAGACGAACUGGCGGCGUAAGAUGGACUCGUCCUAAACGGGGAGAGAUUCGUCAUCCCCCAAGAGAUGAGGGAAGAAAUCCUGCAAAAAAUACAUAAAAGCCACCAAGGACAGGUCAAGUGCAAGCUGCGAGCAAGAGAAUGUGUCUACUGGCCAGGCAUUAACAGAGACAUCGAGAGGGAGACGGCAAAGUGUGAGACCUGCCAAAAGCACAUGAGGAGUCAGCAAAAGGAGCCGAUGACACAAAUGGAGCUGCCAACGCGCCCAUGGCAGAUCAUCGGCACAGACCUCUUCCAUUUGAACUACCAAACGUACCUGGCCGUCGCAGACUACUCCUCGAAGUUCCCGACUGUAAGGAGGAUACCGGGGCACUGCACCAGCAAAGCAGUAAUCAACGCUCUGAAGGAAAUCUUCGCGGAAUACGGCAUCCCAGACACCAUCAGGAGUAACAACGGACCACAGUACGACUGUGGGUCGUUCGCCUGCUUCAUGAGGGAGUGGAGCAUUGUGCACAUCACGAGCUCACCCCACUUCCCAGAGAGCAACGGCUUCAUAGAGCGGACCAUCCAAACGCUGAAGCAGGCCAUGAAGAAGGCUCUAGAGAGCGGCAGUGACGUGCUCAUGGCACUCCUCACCCUGCGGACGACGCCCAUCGACAGUCACCUGCCAAGCCCAGCCGAAAUCCUCCAAGGUCGGAAAGUCCGAGGAAAUCUGCCCAUGAAGACCCGACCAAGAAGUGAGCAGGCCGACGUCCUGCCACGCCUGGUGGAACGCCAGACCACCCAAAAGGCGUGCCACGACCGACAUGCGACUGAGCUGUCAACACUCAGUCCCGGACAACCCAUCCGCGUACAGCACCCUCAGAGCGGCCGA